UAAAUAUAUACCAACCACGUUUCUUAUUUUUUUAAAUAAUAAAAGUACUUUAAUUAUGCCGGAAUUAUCAUAUUAUAAAUUCCUUGAUGUUUCUAAAAAAACGAUUAAACGUAGAUAUAUAGUUACGAAUAGUUAUGUUUGUUUACACUUAUGGACGUGCACGUGCGUAACGUUGUCACUCGAAUUAACACAGUUUCUUUGGAAAAAUGGCUCUGAAAACGAAGAAAAGCUUAGCUGAUAAAAUAAACUCUCUGAUUACUACAACUCCAACGAAUUUUCAAUCAGACGACGAUGCAGAGGACACAAAGGCUAAAGUAGUUGACCCUUAUGAAGAGAGUGACAAUUCAGAGAGCAAUUUCCAGGUAUCAGAAAUACGCAGACGAAACGUCGAUACCUUAGAUCAGGUGGAUAAAAGGUACAUAGGUAGAAAAGUUUCGAGGAAGGAUGUAUAUGUUACUGAUGAUAGUGCUGAUGAUGUAUCAGAAGAUGAAGAAGAAGAAAUGAAUAGUACAGAAGAAGAAGAGGAAGAAGAAGAAAAUGAUAAUAAUGUAGACAGUAAUGAUAGCAAUGACUAUAGCCAAGAUGACCACAAUAAUAAUGAUGAUAGUGAAAGUUACUACUCGGAUGAGGAAUUAAGCAAUGAAAGUUUCAGACAAUCUUCUGAAGAUGGAUCUAAUAUAGAAGACAACAAUCCUGAAAAUAAAAAUUUUAAUACAGAUCAGAGGGCAGGAUUUCAGACGAUAUCGCACACGAAUCUUAAAGCAGAUAUUGACAAAGGCAAUUGCGUUAGAAGUCAGUUGAAACUUUGGGAAAGUUUGUUAGAGAUGAGAAUAAAGCUACAAAAAUGUCUGAUUACUAGCAAUAAAAUGCCCCAACACGACGCACACGAAAUUUUAAAAGAUGUAGAUUAUACGAAGAAAGUGGAGGAGACCAAAAGCAAUUUAAAAUUGCUGUUAAACAACCUGUUGCAGUUGCAAAAUCUUUUCCUAAGGCAGUAUCCAGAAACGAAGAAUUUAUCGGCGCAGAGUAAAAAGAGGAAAGCUGAGGAGAGCAUAGAUAAAGAAGAAAUAAAUGAAGACGAAGACGAGGAAAUUCCAUCGGAUACAGAAGACGAAGAUGAGAAGGAGACAUCGGUUUCGAGAGAAAAUGCAGACGAAAUCUCCAAAAAUGUAUUCAUCAAGAAACUGAGGCUCGAUAAUUACGAGAAAAUAUUAAACGAAAAUCAUAAAUUGUACACAGAGUACAGAAACUCUGUCAUACAAAAGUGGAACGAGAAGACGAGAAUAGCUAGCGGUAAAUUGGACAAGGCUAUGAAUCAAACGACGUUGAAACAAAUAGAAUUCGCGUUAAGCGACAAAGAAAAAUUGCGCAAGAGAACCCAACUGAAACGUUCGGAAUACAAAAUCAUUGGCAAAAUGGAUGCAGCAGAAAAUGAGAACGAUGGCAGAAGAAUUCAAGAGUACGAUUCUGAGAUCUACGACGACGACGAUUUUUAUCAUCAACUACUGAGAGAUUUGAUCGAGUACAGAUCAGCUGAUAUCACCGACCCCAUACAACUUAGCAAACAGUGGAUUCAAUUGCAAAAUAUGAGAAGUAAGAUGAAGAGGAAGAUAGACACGAGAGCUACCAAGGGCAGGAGAAUACGAUACAAUGUACAUAAUAAGUUAGUAAACUUUAUGGCCCCCAUUACGAUAAACGAUACGUGGACAGAUCAUGCUAAAGAUGAAUUGUAUAAUUCUUUGUUUGGCAAAAUUAAAUCGACAAGUGUAGAAGCUGGUCGUUAACAUUGGAACAAUCGAUAAAAUUUCGUUUAGUUUUAUAUGAUUUAAUACACUAUUUUACAGGAUGUGUAUAUGUAAAUUUUGUAAUGAAAAGCGGUUAAUAAAUAUUUAUAGAUACCAUUG